AUGGCCACAGGAACCCAAGGCAACCUUGACCAAGGUGUGGAGAAAGCAAAGCUUGCACCACCCAUGGGAAGGCGCAGAAGAGCAGAGGGAAAGCCAAAAAGGAAUUUCCCUUGCCAGGAGUGCCAGAAAGCUUUCAACAGUCUGGAGAAGUUGAAGGUGCAUUCUUACUCUCACACCGGCGAGAGACCCUACUGCUGCUCUCACCCUGGCUGCACCAAGGCUUUUGUCUCCAAGUACAAGUUACUAAGGCAUACGGCAACUCACUCUCCAGAAAAAACUCACAAGUGUUCUUACUGUGAGAAAAUGUUUCACCGAAAGGACCACUUGAAGAAUCACCUACACAUCCACGACCCAUAUAAGGAGGCAUUUGCUUGUCAAGAGUGUGGUAAGAGCUACAACACCAAGCUGGGUUUCAAACGCCACCUUGCCCUUCAUGCUGCCAAUAGCGGAGAUCUCACCUGCCAAGUGUGCCUGCAGCCAUUCCCAAGUACUGGAGUGCUUCUGGAACACCUCAAAAGUCAUGCUGGCAAGUCCUCUGGUGGGACCAAAGAGAAAAAGCAUCAUUGCGAGCAUUGUGAGCGUCAAUUUUAUACACGGAAAGAUGUCCGACGCCACAUGGUGGUUCACACGGGACGGAAGGACUUUCUUUGUCAAUAUUGUGCCCAGCGCUUCGGGAGGAAGGACCACCUGACACGUCAUGUUAAAAAGAGUCACCCUCAGGAGCUGCUGAGGGUGAAAACUGAGCCAGCUGAUUUGCUGGAGCCUGUUGUCUAUGACUUGGUGUCUGGGGGCAUUAAGGGAGAGCUCCCAGACACACUGACAACAACGCCACGUCAGCACAACUUCUAUACCGGCCCCAUUCUGGACUCGGAGCCUUUCCCCAACGCUGCACACUUUCUCUCUAUAAAAUACCCGUUGGGCUCCAACAUUACCUCAUACGCUGUCUCCUCACAGGAACGGGAGCAGAAUCUAAAGGGAGAACUGGAGAGCUAUCUAUUGGAAUUACAGAGUGGGAUGCCCUCCUCAUCCUCUGCAGCACAAGAUCUACAAGUCCCUAACUGCAAACUUGAGACGGGGGAUCAUGUGGACAUUCUGCAAGAAUCAACUGAAGAAAGGUCCUUGUCCAAAAUUGCCACAUCAGUGGCAACAGCUGCUUUGGCAAGCGACUCACUCGCGCCGUCCUCCUCCAUGAUGGACUUCUCACAGCUUUUCAAUUUCUUACCGCUACACGGGCCCCUGUACAACCAUACAGGGGGGAACGAGGAGCAGCAUACACUGAACGAAGAGGACGUACAUCUCCACCUGCCCGCCGAGCCAUCCGAAGGCCCCGGGGCUGCACAAAGUCCACUUCAAAGCCAAGCCUCCUUUAUUUGCAACUUGAGCACCCCCACCACGUUGCCACGCUUCCAUCAGGCUUUUCAGUGA